UAACCUCACUUAAAAACUGAUUGUACAUUUUUAAACACACCUUUGCCCUGCAUGUUUACACAAAACAGGUCAUUCCUUUGCUCUUUAUCUGUUAUUCAACAUUUAUAAAUAACCAUUCACGUCAAAAAUUACUGAAUUUAAUCAUCUCAUCAUGUUAAAGGGGACUGUUUCUUUAGUAACUGGAGGCGCUUCUGGUUUAGGAAAAGCCACGGUUCAACGGCUAAUUCAACAAGGUGGUCGUGUUGUACUAUGCGAUCUCCCCGGUUCUAAAGGAAAUGAAGUGGCCAAAGAAUUAGGGGGCGAAGAUAAAGUUGUAUUUGCCCCUAUUGAUGUCACAUCAGAAAAUGAUGUUAAAUCAGCUUUAGAUAUUACAAAACAAAAAUUUGGUAAAUUGGAUAAUUGCAUUAAUUGUGCUGGAAUUGGAACUGCAUUUAAAGUUUAUAAUUUUAAUAAAAAGCAAGCACAUACUUUAGAAGAUUAUGCAAAAGUUAUUAAUGUCAAUACAAUUGGCAUGUUCAAUGUGAUUAGAUUAUCAGUGGGUUUAAUAGGCGAAAAUGAACCAAAUACAGAAGGACAAAGAGGCGUUGUUGUAAACACAGCUUCAAUAGCAGCUUAUGAUGGACAAAUUGGUCAAGCAGCUUAUGCUGCAAGUAAAGGAGCUGUUGUUGCUAUGACUUUACCUUUAGCUAGGGAUUUAGCGCCACAAGGAAUUCGAGUUGUUACAAUCGCUCCAGGUUUAUUUUGGACACCAUUAUUAGAAAAAUUACCUGAAAAAGCAAUCAAUUUCUUAAGUAAAAGCGUCCCUUUCCCCCAUAGAUUAGGUAAACCGGAAGAAUUUGCUCAAAUGGUUCAAUCAAUUAUUGAAAAUCCAAUGCUAAAUGGUGAAGUGAUAAGAUUAGAUGGUGCCUUACGAAUGCAAUAAAACAACAAAUCUAUUUUUCAAUCUUAUUAAGUGUAAAGAUUUCUUACUUAAUAUAAAGUUAUUGUAACAAAAACAAAAAAUAUUAA